AUGGCCUCCGUAGAUCCGUUGCGCCGCCGCCUCGACGCCCUCCUUUCCGCGCGCACAUACCCAAAGUCAAUAUGUCCGUCUGAAGUCGCCCGCGCCCUCACCGCACAAGACCUGGCCUUCCACGGCGCCGCCCACUGGCGCGACUUGAUGCCCGACAUCCGCGCCCGCCUGUGGCAAAUGAGAGUCCGCGGCGAGGUCGACAUCCUGCAGCGCGGCGAGCCCAUCGCCCGUCACGUUGCCCUUGAAGACAUCAAAGGCCCGAUCCGAGCACGGCGAGUCAAAGUCGCUGAGGGAUCAUGA